UGCAAACACCGUGUUUCUCUUGGACUUUGUAUAAUACAACCAACAUAAAACGGGGCGAACACAAUGCAACCGCUACAAUACUUACGCGAAUAUACCUGCAACAACAAACCAGUAACACUUAAAGAUGCAGACGGAAAAGUCGUAACCAAUAUUGCUGAUGCCGUCACCGUAUCAUUCGACGACCAAUCGUUUCCUCGAGAGACAGCAACUAAUUUUCGCAAAAGCGGUUCGACGGAUACCUAUACACUCGACACCUUGAUCUUUCUCGUCCAAAACUCACAUCUUGACAACAGUGCUUAUUUCAAAGAAUGCCGGUCGCGAAAUAUCGAGCAUGUAUCCAUCAUUGACAAGAAGAAAGUGAUGGAUUAUUUGACAGGCAAAGUUGAGACACAACCCAACAUAGUGGCCGACAAGGAAUCAACAGUUGAUCAAGGUGUUAUUGGUAAACGACCGCGUGAAGAAGGCGCUGACGCAUUAAAAUCGACAAGUGUUUCGGCAGUAAGCGAAGCCAAAGGCAAAGAGAGUGCUGACCGAGAAGCAGUGAAGAAAAAGGUCAAGAUUUUUGAUGUCAAAACAGAAGAAACUGUGAAAAAAAUUCGAACAAGAGAGGUACCGAGUCAAACACGUACAACUGUCAUGCGUGGAACCAAGGAUUUUACGUACGUGAUAAGUAUGGUACAAAGUGUCAUGUACGGAAAAGAUGGCCGUCUAAACACAGGACAGUCAAAAUCAACAAACAAAGCAAAGUUAUCCAGCAAAGACAAAAUCCCACUUAUUAUUGUACCUGCUGCACCCACUGCCAAAUUUACCCUCUUUAACAUAAAACAGUUCCUUGAGGAUUCAAACUUUGUCGAUGCACAGCAAUUACGUGCUCAAGGUAUGAAAAAGCCGGAUCGUGUUACUGUGGAGCGACGGAGACGAGACGGGCAGUUGGCCGUUUAUCACAUUGUCGAUUCGGUAUCCAACUUUAAACAGUCAGACUGGGAUCGCGUGUGUUGCGUUUUCACCGGUGGCCAGGCAUGGCAAUUUAAAGGUUGGAAGUACGAGAAACCGGUGGACUUGUUUUCCCAUGUAAAAGGAGUAUAUCCAAAAUGGAGCGACGAAAAAGUAACAGGACCAGUGGCAGAUUGGGCUGUCACUCCACUUAAUAUUCACCGACAUCAGCGACAUCAAGAUAAAGCAUGUGUGUCACAGUUUUGGGAUACUCUAGACAAAUAUAACCAUGCCAAUAAGAGCUUCUUGAACUACUAAAACAAACCAUACAUACACAGUAAUAAAUCCA